AUGGUAAAGAAACUUCAGGUGGUUUUGAUAAAGGUAAUACGUAACAAGAUCACUAGUCAGCCAAAGGGUUAUGGAUUUGUGGAGUUCAAUUCACAUGCAGCAGCUGAAAGGGUUUUGCAGACAUACAAUGGGACACAAAUGCCUGGAACUGAGCAAACUUUGAGGUUAAAUUGGGCUUCCUUUGGGAUUGGAGAAAGACGCCCUGAUGCUAGGCCGGAGCACUCUAUCUUUGUGGGGGAUUUAGCACCUGAUGUUACAGAUUACUUGUUGCAAGAGACCUUUCGAACUCAAUAUCCAUCUGUUAGAGGUGCCAAGGUCGUGACUGACCCAAAUACUGGGCGCUCAAAGGGAUAUGGUUUUGUUAAAUUUGCUGAUGAAAUGGAAAGAAACCGUGCUAUGUCUGAAAUGAAUGGUGUCUAUUGCUCAACUAGGCAAAUGCGUAUCAGUGCGGCAACACCGAAGAAGACCACUGGCUUUCAACAGCAAUAUGCAGCAGCUAGAGGUAAUAUUCAAUCUUAUUGUAAUAGAACCAAACCUAACUUGCAAAUUGACAAGGAGAAUGAUAUUAAUAACACUACAGUUUUUAUUGGAAACCUGGAUCCCAAUGUCACAGAAGAGGAACUGAGGCAAAUAUUUUUGCAGUUUGGGGAAAUUAUCUAUGUGAAGAUCCCCACAUCAAGAGGAUGUGGUUUUGUGCAGUUUACAGCUAGGGCAUCUGCUGAAGAAGCAAUCCAAAGGAUGCAGCGAACAAUGAUUGGUCAACAAGCGGUCCACCUUUCUUGGGGCAGGAGUCCAACAGCUAAACAGGAAUUACCUGGUGUUUGGAGUCAGCAAGCAGAUCCAAGUCAAUGGAGCAGCACCUAUUAUGGUUACGGACAAGGUUAUGAUGCCUAUGGUUAUGGGACUACACAUGAUCCUUCAUUAUAUGCAUAUGGUGCAUACCCUGGUUACGCGCAGUACCCUCAACAGGUAUGACGCUUUUAAAGAACAUUGUUUUUUCCCUUUUGCUGGAUGUGCUGUCCAGAUUGCAAUCUAGAUAACAUACAACUGGACUGUUUUUUGAUGCCUUAUUUGUAGGAAAGUUAAAAAAAAAAAAAUCAUUUAUUAUAUACUUAGUUGUGGAACAAUUAAAAGCAUUGUAGGACACAGACCAAAACUAUUAAACCUUGUUUUUCCUCGCAUUUUGUGAUGAGGAUAUUUGAAGGAGAAAAGGAACUGUUCAACUCAGGAUUGAGAAUUUUUUUUAGAUAUUGGAUGGCCGGAGCCAAAAAAAAAAGGGAAACAAAAACAACUAAAAGAGGGGCUGUUAUCUCAGUAUUUGCGACCUGAUUGAUAGAUGAGGAAAUAGCUUCCUUGGCCAAUAGAUUUGUGCAUCUGUUAGCUUCUCUCCAAACCAACACCAGCUGACACUGCCGUUCUUUAUGCACGAGCUCUGCAAUGUUAUUGCAAAUAUUUAAUUGGGUUUCAUCAAGCUAUGUUUCAAAUUGUUAUGCUAGA